CCUUGCCUUGGUGUAAACUGUAAACAAAACAGUGAAGUGUCGAUUCUUGUCGGGAUAGUUCAUUGAUUUUAUUGUGAAAUUUUGUGGGAAAAUCGCGAUGUCAUCGAGUCCAGAACAUCUGGAUCCGGAUCCUCCGAUGCAGAAGCGCAAGAGUUCCUGGUGCGCCAAGCACAGCAACAUGGAAGCUACGGCAAUGUCGGUGGACUUUACAGGUCAGUGGGUACUUUUGGCUGGACGUCGUCAUCUGGCGCUCCAGAGUCUCGAUAGGCCAGAAGAUGAUGACGAUGGGCUUCAGAAAUUUCAGCGGAACUCCAAGUACGAAGUGUCUACGGCUAAAUUUGCCAUUUGUAGCCACAGUCAGGAAUAUUGUGCAAUAGCCACGAGUCAAUUGAUUGAGGUUGUAACAUGGGAAUUCAAUCCUUUGCUCAUUCACUCCCUGAGGGCCCACACUCGGGUGGUGACAGACAUUGAUUGGCACUCGAAGGAACCUCAUCUCCUGGCCAGUUGUUCAAUAGACACUUUUACGCACUUGUGGGAUCUCCGUGAUCCCCGGAAACCCACGAUGUCCUUCAGUGCAGUGUGCAUGUCAGGAGCCACCCAAGUGGGGCUCAAUAGGGUCUCCGGAUACCUCCUGGCCACUGCCCAUGAUGGAGAUCUGAGAAUCUGGGACCGUCGCAAGGGUUCUUGCCCUAUACAGUACAUCACAGCCCAUUCGGCACGCAUCCAUGGCAUUAACUGGAGCCACAGGCAUGAGAGUCAACUGACCACGGCCAGUCAGGAUGGAACAGUCAAGUACUUUGACAUCAAUAAUGCACGAUCCCUGGAGAAAAUGAUCAAGGUAUCUUCGCCUGUCUGGCGAGCAAGAUACACUCCUCAUGGAGAUGGUCUGCUGACAGUCAUUGUGCCCCAUUCUGGUCACGAUGAACAGAGCAGUCUUCAGCUCUGGAGCAAUUCCAAUCAGAGAACUCCCGUGUGCACUUUUCUGGGACAUACAGAUGUUGUUCUGGACUUUGCAUGGCGUCCCAAACAUUCCCAGGACACAUCCACAGACAUGGAACUCAUCACAUGGUCAAGGGAUCGAACCCUGCGCCUCUGGAGGAUUGACGAGGAGCUCAAGAAACUGAUCAAUCGGGAUGAUUCAGUUGGUGAAAGAAUGGAUUCUGGCACUGACGACAUGAUCCUGGAGGAAUGUCCGCCGCCGUCGAAGAAAAAGGGAGGAAAACGCGGUGAUAUCGAUUCACCACCUUCCUGCUCCCUCCAGCACGAAUUUUCUCUGCUCAACACAAACAUCCCCCAUAUUGACGUGGAGGAACUCGAUCCCGUUAAACGGGGAGCAACAGCUCAAAUUUCCGCAAAUGGACACAUAAUCGUCCUACAAGUCUUUUUUCCCACAAACUACCCCAACGUUCCGCCUCAGUUCUCCUACCUGCCAGGCACCUCAGUGGAUGACACCCUGUCAGCGCAGCUGAUGCGAGUCCUUCGACAGACAGCCAAUCAACGCGUGAAGAAGGGCAAGACUUGCCUAGAGCAAUGUUUGAGGGCUCUCGUGACAGCCCUGAAAAAAUCCACCAGUGGCGGAGAUAAAAGCUACCUUCGCCUUCAGUCGCCUCGAUUGGAAGGAGCACUCAGUGGAGCCCUUCACGAUGCCUGUGUCCCUUUUCCCAAGACUUCAGGAGCACGCUUCUCAAGUGUAGGAAUCCUUGUCACCUUCGUCCAACCGCUCAAUACCAAGAGAAUCAGUCUAAGGCACCAGACUACCACUCCCAGAGCUCUGUCAGCUCUCAGUGGAGGGUACUUGGGGAAUGUGAUGGGAUCACUGCCAGUCCUCUAUGCCCCACGGGAUGGCAACUCGUCUGCUUUCUACCUCCAGGAUCGUGUAAGGAAAACUUCCCGUCAUCGACUUGGUCCGCAGCAAAAAAUGAUUUCAAGCGACGUAACAAUCUACGAUUUAUCCAAGCAUCUGCACGUGAGUCGGGAACUGGCAGAAAAAUACGUUAUUAAUACGGAUAAUGUGGCAGAAAUGUGCAAGAUUAACAAAAUGGUGGCAGAAGAGCAUGGAAGGAGUGACUUGGUGCAAUGCUGGUCUCUAGCUGAAAUGAUUGCCACGCCCAUAAUGGACGGAGAGACCGAUGAGGAUAUGUUUAAUUCUCAAAAUCCCUUUUCGAGAAAUCUCUUAGAGUCUCUAAUUCUUCAUUUUGCAAAGAACCGCGAUGUACAAACUGCUGCUAUGCUUUGCUGUACCUUUGGAAGGCACUGCCCGCCAUUUGAGAUGUCAAGGAGUUCCAGUUCUAGCAGCAAAUCUGUAUCACAAAGUCACUUGCUUGGUCACCGCAAAAUUAAGCCUAGUGGAUCGCCGUACCACACAAUCCUGCCCUUGGAUACGACGAGCAGCAACAUUGGUCACCAAGAAUGGCAUCUUGUGACUCAGCUGAAGAAUCUGCGCAGCAAUUCGUGGUCUGACUCUCUGGAUGACUGCAGAGCAGCAGGAAACUACGUGAAUAAGAGCCUUCUGGGAGAUUCACAGCGACACUUUCAUGACAUCCUCAAGAGCACGUAUGCAGAGAUGCUCUAUCGAUGGGAUCUGCUCGUACAACGCGCCAAAGUGCUCAAGUACCUCAGUGCCCCGCCGGAGACUCCAAGGGGCGUAGAUUUUGUCACAGAGUGCCUCGUCUGCAACCGCAAUUCGCCCUCAGUCAUUCCCUAUUGCAGCAAUUGCCACAGGCCUCUUCUCUAUUGUGCUCUGUGUCGUCUUCCGGUUCGUGGAGCUGCCAAUGCAUGUCUUCAGUGUGGCCACGGAGGACACACACUGCACAUGAUGCAGUGGUUCUCACGAUAUGACGUCUGUGCAGCCGGAUGUGGCUGCAGGUGUCUCAUGGAAACAACCUUCACCAACGAAUAUCCCAAAAAGUAAAGUUCCCGCCAUUUCAGCUCCUGGUUCCCAUGAGCUCACAGAGGUUGAUAAUUGAACAAAAUACGAGAUUAAUUGUGCAAAUAAAAAUUUCAAUAAAAUUUUAUUUUUAAAUUUUAA